CAGGCUUUGAUUAGUAUUUUAGACUCGUAACAGACAUUUUUCUGGACCUGAUGUUUUCCUAACACUUGGCUUAAAAAGCUACUUUGCUGGAAUGUUUUAAAGGGUUAAAAAUCCUCUAGGAUUUGAAGUUAAUUUUAAAUUAAUUGAAGGAAAUACUUCUGGCCUCACCAAAGAAAUAACUGGAAUCAUGGAUCAGAACAACAGCUUGCCACCCUAUGCUCAAGGCUUGGCCUCCCCUCAGGGUGCAAUGACUCCAGGAAUUCCAAUUUUUAGCCCGAUGAUGCCAUAUGGCACAGGACUGACACCACAGCCUGUCCAGAGCACCAACAGUCUGUCCAUCCUAGAGGAACAGCAGCGGCAGCAGCAGCAGCAACAAGCAGCACAGCAAUCUACAUCACAGCAAGCGACACAGGGAACAUCUGGUCAAACUCCCCAGCUCUUCCACUCACAGACUCUUACCACAGCCCCUUUACCGGGAACCACACCUCUGUACCCCUCUCCAAUGACUCCGAUGACUCCAAUAACUCCUGCAACACCGGCGUCCGAGAGCUCUGGGAUAGUGCCACAGCUACAGAAUAUUGUGUCCACGGUGAAUCUUGGUUGCAAACUUGACCUAAAAACUAUUGCGCUUCGUGCCCGCAAUGCUGAAUAUAAUCCCAAGCGUUUUGCUGCUGUUAUUAUGAGAAUAAGAGAACCACGUACUACUGCACUUAUAUUCAGCUCUGGAAAAAUGGUGUGCACAGGAGCAAAAAGUGAGGAGCAAUCCAGACUGGCAGCAAGGAAGUAUGCAAGAGUUGUUCAGAAACUGGGUUUUCCUGCAAAAUUUUUGGAUUUUAAAAUUCAGAACAUGGUGGGCAGCUGUGAUGUGAAAUUUCCCAUCAGAUUAGAAGGAUUGGUACUCACACACCAGCAGUUCAGCAGCUACGAGCCAGAAUUGUUUCCUGGCUUAAUCUACAGAAUGAUCAAGCCAAGAAUUGUUCUCCUUAUUUUUGUUUCUGGAAAAGUGGUUUUAACUGGUGCUAAAGUACGAGCAGAAAUCUAUGAAGCAUUUGAAAACAUCUAUCCUAUUUUAAAGGGAUUCAGAAAGACAACGUAACAGUUUCUACACGUUUCAGAGAAAUCAGGGGUAUAUUUUAAAAGGUAUUGCGUAUGGCACAGCAGUAACAAGAGAUGGACUUCCAGUGAAGCUGCAACACCAGGACUUGGACUAUUUCCCAGUUAGUGCCUACUUCCCUGAUGCUCAAGGGGAACUGUAUUAUUGAUUAUGUCUACUGAGUUACUGUGAGUUGCUUUACUUGGGCUGUUCCUGGAGCAGUCCCUCCAAGUUUUAUUUAUAUUCUAGCUUUUAAAUAGUUUUAAUGCCAGUUCUAUUAAUAGAAAAUCCAUAAGUUGGUUUAAAAGACAAAUGCAACUGUGUCACUCACUGUAUAAACCACUUAAAUUGCCAUGUAUAUAUGUUUUAACUUCCUUCCAUAAGACCAUGGUUUUUAUAAUUUUCAGAACUUAAGCUUUUAAAUUUUUUCAAUUUAAAAUUUCUUUGUUGCCAGACACAUUCCCUUUCCAGUAUUAAGCAAGACAGAAUAAAUUUAUUAAUGAAAAUGGCUCACUGUACAUAUAUAUAUAAUAUAUACCUUCCUUCUCUUUCCUCCUUCAGUUCCACAUGUACAAUAAACCCUGUUUAUACAA